AUGGCAUGGUGGAGCGAUUUCAAGAUGUUUAUUGCGCUGAAUAUUCCAAAGUGGUAUAGCAAUACGUUUGAGGUCGAUGUAGUUGAUUGCGAGGACGAUGUUCAUGAGGAAUUGAUAGAAUUACAAAAUGGCAAUGACGCCAUAAUGCGAUAUCGCCGUAAAGGCAAAGAAGGUUUGUGGCACCAUCAAAGUAUAUUGAACUCCUACCCCAAUUUGUGGAAACGUCUGAUAUUGCUGUUGCUUGCCUUCCCUACCUCGUACCUGGUUGAAUCUGGUUUUAGCCAUGCUGGAACUUUAAUUUUCUAUAAAAGAAUUGGACUGGAUGUAACACAACGAGGAGACUUGCGGCUAAAGUUGACAAGUUUGAAAUCGAAUGUAUCUGCACUAGCUGCAUUACACCAGACACAUAGUUCUCAUUAA